AUGGAUUUUCAAACGAUUCUUUUGUUAGUAUUCCCUUUAAUCCCAUUAACUUGGGGCUAUUCAGAUGAGGGCCACAUGACAAUUAUGGCAAUCGCUUAUUCACAGCUUACUGAAUCACAGAAAGAUAAGUUCAACAAGGUCAUAUCAUCAUUCCAAUAUGAUUACCCAGAAAUGAACGAUCCAAUUGUUCAGGCGGCUUGGUUCGAUUUCAUCAAAUAUGAGUUUCCUCAUCCCAUGGAUAAGACACUACAUUAUGAGGACAUGCAAAUAUUUGGAUUAUUUCACUUCCAAAACAUACCUUAUUGUCCAGAAAAAGAUGGCAAUGGAAAUCCUAUACCAAAUAAAUACAUUUGCAAUGAGAAAGAGGGGCUUAAACGCCCGGGUUCAGUCGCUGCCAUGACUCACAUUUUAAGAUCACUAACUGUUAAUGAAGGCGACAAAAAAGAUGUCAAAGGCACAUGCUUUUCAUGGAGUCUACAAUUACGUAUUUUAACCCAUGUAAUGGGGGAUUUGCAUCAACCUCUACACAAUUCUGAUCUUACUACUAAAAACUUUCCAAAUGGCACUCAUGGUGGAAAUUCAAUACAUGCAAAAUAUAAUUUUCAAUGCUCACUCCAUUAUUUAUGGGACAAUGAUUUUUUGACGCGUAAGGGUCAAUAUCCUGCGUUUACACCAGCCGAAGCGAACGAUAAAGCAAAGAUUUUGAUGGAUAAAUAUUCAAAGGACUUUUUUGGCGAUAGACUUAAGAACGAAUUGACUGGUAUAGGCAAUUUUAAUAAAAUUGCAAUGGAAUCAAACGAAUUUUCCCCAAUAGCAUAUGGAGAAAUUCCCCCUACAUUUGGAAAAGAUGAUAUAUACACUCCAAGCGAAAACUAUGUAAAAAAGUGUCAUGAGAUAAUUGAAAAGCAGUUAGCUGUUGCUGGGUAUAGAUUGGGCAAUUUGUUGGCUUAUUUGCUGGACAACAUGCCAGAUCACAUCAUUACUAUGUGUGAACAUAAUAAAAAUUCGAAUUCAUCUAAAUCUACGUUAUUAUACGUACUUAUUCCUUUGUUAUUAUUCCCAAUUGUUUUGGGAUCUACUAUUUUUUUUUACAAGUCCAGAACCUCACGAAGACAUAUGUAA